GGGGGAUGGCUGUAGGGGCCCUUGUAGGGGUUAGGACAGGGAAGGGGUGGGAGCAGGGCACGGGGUGGGGGUGCAAGGUCUUGGCCUCCUCCUCCACUCCGUCACCCCCUGGCUGACCCAUAUCCCCCCCCGUCCUCCCCACCAGAGUGCAUGAGACCCUCAGGAUAUUCCAGCCCAGAGCUGUGUCCUGCAGCCGGCACCAUGUCCCUGCCCCAGCUCCCCACUGUCCCCAUGGCGCUGGGCCCCCCGCCUGAGGAGGGCAGCGUGACCGUGGUGGUGCGGGUGCGACCCUCCGCCCCCUGCGAGCGAGAACGAGCUGCGCACCCCGUCUUGCGCAUCGUCGACCAGCACGUCCUCGUCUUCGACCCCGAGGAGCCCGGCGGUGCCUCGGGUGGCGUGCUGCCCACCCGUGGGCCCAAGCACCAGGGCAAGGACCUGAAGUUUGCCUUCGACCGGGUUUUCGGGGAGAAGGCCACGCAGGAGGAGGUGUUCCAGCACACUACCCACGACGUGUUGGACAGUGUCCUCAAUGGCUACAACUGCUCCGUGUUUGCCUACGGCGCAACUGGAGCGGGAAAAACCUACACCAUGCUGGGCUCGGAGAAAAACCCCGGCAUCAUGUACCUCACCAUGGUGGAGCUCUACAAGAGGAUCGAGGCCAGGAAGGAGGAGAAGAGCUGCGAGGUCCUCGUCUCCUACCAGGAGGUGUACAAUGAACAGAUUCACGACCUGCUGGAGCCCAAGGGCCCUCUGGCCAUCCGGGAGGAUCCCGAAAAAGGAGUCGUGGUUCAAGGGCUCUCCUUCCAUCAGCCCGCGUCGGCAGAGCAGCUCCUGCAGAUGUUGGCCAACGGCAACAAAAACCGGACGCAGCAUCCCACCGAUGCCAACGCCACCUCCUCCCGCUCGCACGCCAUCUUCCAGAUCUAUGUGAAGCAGCAGGACCGCAUUGGUGGCCUCGCUGGGGAUCUGCAAGUGGCCAAGAUGAGUUUGAUCGACCUGGCAGGCUCGGAGCGAGCUUCAGUCACCAAUGCCAAGGGCGAGAGGCUCCGGGAGGGUGCCAACAUCAACCGCUCGCUGCUGGCCCUCAUCAACGUCAUCAACGCGCUGGCUGAUGCAAAGAGCAAGAAAACCCACAUCCCCUACCGGGACAGCAAGCUCACGCGCUUGCUGAAGGACUCCAUUGGUGGCAACUGCCGCACCAUUAUGAUCGCCGCGGUGAGUCCCUGCAUGCUGGCCUACGAGGACACCUACAACACCCUCAAGUACGCCAACCGGGCCAAGGACAUCAAGCUCUCGCUGAAGAGCAACGUGCUCAGCUUUGACUGCCACGCUAAUAAAUACGCUGCGAUCUGCGAGCAGCUGAAAGCAGAGGUGGCAGAUCUGCGGGCAAAGCUCCAGGCCUACGAGGACACUGCCCGGCAGGCAGAGAACCAGGCGCCACAGCCUGCCCUCAGCUCCAGCCCGGUGGAGCUGCCCAGGCUGGAGGAAGCUAUCUCGAAGACAUGCUUGGCCCUGGAGGAUGAGAUGGAGUGUAAUGGAGAGCAGCAGGAGCUGGAAGCUGGAUGGCCUGUUCGUCUGCAGCUGGAAUCGGUGGAGGAGGCUCCAGAGGAAAAGCCUCCCAGCAGCCCCGGAGCAACCCACCAGAGAGACGACCAGCUGGAACCAAAGAAACCAAGCUGCCUUCUACAGGGGUUGUCCGGCAGCCAGACAGAGACGCUUGUAGCCGCUAUCCUGAGCGUUGCCCGAAAGCAAUAUUCCCUCCUGAAGGCUGCCAACCUCCUAACUCCUGACAUGGUCUCGGAAUUCGAGGAACUGGAGCGCCUGGUCCAUCAGGGGGCUGGCGUAAGCCUGGAACAAGCCACGUCUCCGAACAGACCCUCGGAGGUCGGUGGGGCCACCCCAGCCCAGGAGAUGCAGCAGGGCUGUGACGCAGCGGCGUCUGUCGCCGUGGCCGAUGCCCCUGUGCCGAGCGCUGCCCUGCAAUGCUUGCAGCAGCUCGCUCCGCUCUCCGGUCCCACGCCGACAGCUCCCAGCCCCGCUAAGAAGAGGAGGAGGUCUGAGAUGAACGACGACAACGCUUCCCAACCGGCAACUCCCCGCGGCCUCAAAACGCGGAUAAAACGCCAGCGGAGAGGUGGGAAAGAAGCCGAGACUCCCGAGGUGACGCAGAGCCCAGGCAGCCCCUGUCUGAAAGCGGCAGCCCAGACGCCCCUCGUCUCCCCGGUGCCGUCGUGUUGCACCUCCAAAAUCUGCCCGCCGACGGUCACCAAAAGCCGCGUGCCCCUGGCGAUGUCGGCCGCCCAGAACUGCUGCACCCUGCCUGCUGCGCCCGUCCACGACCUGAACGUGACUUUCGAGAUCUGCGACAUCGGCGAUUCACCCGGCGCGGCCAAGCCCGUUGCCUUCAGCCUGUCCGAAUUCCCCGUCUGGGACAACAUCCAGAGCUUCCUGAACAAGCGGGACGGUCCCGUCGCGCCCAAAGCCUGCGUCCCGCUGCUUCCCGUGAAGAGUUCCUCCAUCCCAAAGCCCUCCUCGGUUUCCAAAGUGUCCGCACAGAAGCGGAAGCGAGCGGAGAGAACCACUUCCCGCUCCCUGGGUGAGCUCCGGAGCCGUGUCCCCAGCAGCAGCAAGAGACCUGCGCCGCCCUCCCGCAUCCCGGCCUCCGACCAUCCUUCGGCCCCCCUCACCCGCAAAGGCAGCAAGAACGCCACCAAAUCGCUCGCCGCCCCUCGCAGGGCCCCCCCUGCUCCCACCCCCCAACCCAUGAAGCUCUUAUGCUGACGGUUCCCCCAU